AGGCAGGGUAUCAGUUCAACUACAGUUCUCUGAGAGACCUGACCAGCCACAACAACCACCAUGGGCAAGAUCAUCUUUUACGAGGACAGGAACUUCCAGGGUCGCUCCUAUGAGUGCAUGAGCGACUGCUCUGACAUGUCCUCCUACCUGAGCAGGUGUCACUCCUGCAGGGUGGAGAGUGGCUGCUUCAUGGUCUACGACCGUCCCAACUACAUGGGAAACCAGUACUUCAUGAGGAGGGGCGAGUACGCUGACUACAUGAGCAUGAUGGGCUUUAGUAGUGAAAUCAGGUCUUGUCGUAUGAUCCCCUCGUACAGGGGAUCCUACAGGAUGAGGAUCUAUGAGAGGGAGAACUUCGGGGGUCAGAUGUACGAGAUGAUGGAUGACUGUGACUCCAUUAUGGACCGCUACCGUAUGUCUGACUGCAUGUCCUGCCACGUGAUGGACGGCCACUGGCUGAUGUAUGAGCAGCCCCACUUCAGAGGCAGGAUGAUGUACCUGAGGCCUGGAGAGUACAGGAGCUUCAGGGAGAUGGGAUAUGGAGGCACAAGGUUCAUGAGCAUGAGGAGGAUCAUGGACAUGUGCUAAUUGUACAUUUUUAACUGCAUAAAAUAAAGCUAUGUAGAUUUCA